AGUUUAUUAAAAUAUUCAAAUAAAUUCAUAUCAUAAAAAUAUGUAAUCCUGGUAAACUUGUGCAUUAUCUGGUGAAUUAAUAGAAACACCAGUAAUAUCUAAAGUGAGUGGACAUAUAUAUGAAAAAAGAUUGAUUGAGAAACAUAUUGAAAGUACAGGUACAUGUCCAAUUACAGGAAGACCUUUGAAUUAAGAUGAUCUAAUUGAAGUAAGAUUAUAAUUUUUAAAUAUAAAGGUAAAAGUAGCCAAAGUUCAAAAACCAAGACCAGUUACAGCUACAUCAAUACCUUCAUUACUUUCUCUUUUGCAAAAUGAAUGGGAUGCUUUAUUAUUAGAGCAAUUUCAAUUGAAAUAACAUUUAGAAUAAGUAAGACAUGAAUUAACACAUGCAUUAUAUUAACAUGAUGCAGCAUGUCGUGUGAUAGCAAAACUUAUAAAAGAAAGAGAUCAAGCUAGAAUAGAAUUAGUGCAAUUACAAAAUAAAUUAAAUCAUAAAGUAGAAGUAGAAACUAAUAAUAUUCCUGAAAAAUUAUCGAUUAAUUAUGUAAAUGAUAUAGAAUAAAAUGCAUUAAAAUUAACAAGCUAAAGAAAGCUUUUAAGAAAGUAAUAAUCUUACUUUGAUUAAUUUCCUAGUUCUCAAGUACUUUUAUUCAAUAUAAUUUAGAUUUUAUCAAAUUAUGAAAUUAAAUAAUAACACACUUAAACUUAAGGUGGUACUUCAUUAGAUAUAUAAUCAAAUUAUAUAGUAGUAGGAGGAUAAACUGGUUUAGUUUCACUUUAUCGUUCUGAAUAACUUGUAUAUUAGAAUUAAUAAAAUAAUCAAAAAAUUAAUUCAAUUAACUUUUUCAUAACUGAUGAACAUUUGAGAUUUGUAUCAUCAACUUCAGAUGGAGAUUUAGUUCUUUAUUAAUUCAAUACUGAAACUAUUGAAGGUAUUAUAACUUCAACCAUAAAGAUUGGAUAAAAUAUUACUGAUUUAGCAAUUCAUCCACUUGGCUUUAUUGCUGUCAUAGUUACUUCUGAAGGUCUCCUGUUAUUUUACGAUUUAAGAUCUGGUUAAUAAAUUAGCAAAAUUACUGAUUUUGAAGGCUAAUGCUAAUUUACAUCUGUAGCAAUUCAUCCAGAUGGUUUAUUGUUAGCUAUAGGAUAAGCUAAUUCAUAAAUUAAAAUAUGGAAAAUUACAUCUGGAUAAUUGGUUGCCUAAUUUGAAGGAUAAGAAGUAAAUCUAAAUUAUAAAUAUAUUAGGGAUCAAUUAAUCAAGUUACUUUCUCUGAAAAUGGAGUUAAUUUAGCAUCAGCCACUCUAACUGAAGUCUUUUAAUGGGAUCUAAGAAAUCCUGGUCAAUUCUAAAAAUUGUUUCAAUCAUCAAAAAUAAGUUAUUAUUACAUCAUAUUCUUUAGGUACCAUUUCUUAUGAUAAAUCUGGAGCCUAUUUAGCUAUAGGUGAAAAUAAAUAUAUACAUUUAUUUGAUGUUAAAAAGUAAUAAGAAUUUUUCAAAUUCGAAAGCCAUAGGGAUACUAUAACAGCUAUUAAGUAACUUUUCAAACUUAAUUUAGAUUUGCUGAAUUUAAUAAAAAUAUUUACAGCUGUAGUUUUGAUAAAUAAGUAAACAUCUAUGGUAAUUGA